AUGAAGCACAAUCAAAGAAGUGCUGCUGAGAUAGGUAAGAAGGUUCAUAGAGAAUUUGCUCACUGGUUCUGCAAUCGUAUUUGCAACAAUCUUGACAACAUUCAUGGACCAGAUAAAGAUGUUCUCAUUAGCCUUGCUUAUGGCCCUUUUGAUAAAGUUAAAAGAUUUACUGCGUUCAAUGUCAAUGGAUUCAAAUUUCGAACAUUGGAAUGA